CGAAGGCCUUCCUCCCAGCGAUUGCGCCGUCCUUGGAAGCCUCCGGACGGCUUUUCCCGAGCUCGCGCUGCGCGGACUCUCCCCGGAGGCUCCGUCGCCGCCGGGAAACGCCUGCACCAGAAAGGAAGGGGGUCAGGGCUGACCUCCAUGCCAAGGGCACGUAGAGGUCAUAGCUUCCCCAGAAGUCAGGCCGAGACUGGUGGAUAAGGAAGAGACUGAGGACUUAACACCAGUGGGAACAUCAUGGUAGAGUGGGCUGUCAGCUGCUACAAAUCAAGCCCCCCAGAUCCAUAAUAUCUUCUCCCAGCUGGCUGGGCCCAGAACCCCAGGAUCUCCCAACUUAACCAAGGUGAUGGGCAACCCUGUAUUGGCCUCCAUAUUCCUGAGCAGAAAUACCAGUGUGCUAUUGUUCUAGGGAUAGGCCGAGCUUAGGGUGGAUGGCCCCACAAAUUUUCAUGUGUUCUGUUCGCACUCGGGCCCUAAAAACGGCUCAGUCUCUCUUCAUCCUUUGAAAUUUCCGGUUACCUUAAACCAUCUUUUAACAUUCUCAUUGAGUUAUCCAAAUCCAGAAACUUGGCCUUGGUGGACAUAGUCUAAAAAGGGGGUCCUCACUGUGCAACCUGAUAUCAGACCUUGGACUGGACCACUGACUCAGUUGCCUUUUUCCAGAAAAACCCAAAGUGUAUCAAGGUGUCCGGGUGAAGAUCACAGUGAAGGAGCUGCUGCAACAAAGGAGGGCGCACCAGGCAGCCUCAGGGGGAACCUUGUCCGGAGGCAGCAGUAUCCACCUUUCAGACCCAGUUGCACCAUCUUCUGCAGGACUGUAUUUUGAGCCUGAAUCAAUGUCUUCCACACCCAAUUAUUUUCAACCCCGAGAAUUUUCCACUUGUGUUUCUUGUGAAGAAAAUCCAAGCUGCCUGGACCAGAUCUUUGAUUCGUACCUUCAGACUGACACACUCUCAGAGCCUUUGCCCAACUCCACGCAAAGUCCUCCACACUAUUUCCCAGACAGCUUCCAGGCCACCCCGUUCUGCUUUAACCAGAGCCUGACCCCCGGAUCACCUUCGGAUUCCUCCACUCUCUCUGGCUCCUUAGACUACAGUUACUCACCGGCUCAGCUGCCUUCAUACCCUCCGGAGAAUUACAGUUCUCCCCCUUCUCUGGACACCCUAACCCAUGGCCAUUCUCAGGAAGACUACACCUACCAUCCUUUGCCCUCACACGCCCAGUACAACUGCUUCCCUGCGGCCACCACCUCCGUCUGCUACUGUGCAUCCUGUGAGGCGGAGCACUUGGAGGCAGUCAGAACAGCCGAGUACUUCUACCCAAGCACAGACUGCGUGGACUUCGGCCCCUCCGCAGCCACGGCUGGUGAUUUCUACAAAAGGGAAACAAACUGUGACAUCUGCUACAGUUAAUAGAAAUGGCACUAAUUUGGAAUAUGGCAUGGUUAUAGUUACUGUUCUACCACAUCUAGACAACACUUUGCAAAUGCAACCUGUUAACAAAAUAUCACAGGCACAGUUUACAUGUUAUUGUUUUCAAUUUUCUGAUGCUAAUGGAGAUAUUGAGAUGAAGUCCUCAAACCUGGUCGUAGUGCCACCCCUGCUGUAUAUACUCACAAUUGACAUUUUGUGUAGGGAAUGUUCCAUGGUUUUAUUUUUCUGUAUAACGAACAAAUUCUCUUUUUUACUAAUAAAUAAUUUUGCAUUAUUA